AGACAUGACACUAGUUCAGAGUGGUUAUCGUCUUCAGCUGAUGAGGAUGCAAAGUUAGGCUGGGGACCAGGUUUUCAGUGUGUUUUCUAGAAAGCUGUGAGUGCAUCGACAUAACCACAACAAGUAAGAUCACACGUCUUUCGGAUUCAAAUUCCUUCAUAAAAACAUCUUCAAAUGGAAACAACUGUGCUGAGCUCCAGCUAGCCAUUUUUACAAAUUGUCUCUAGAAAGACUGGCUAAAACUUUUACAUGUGCAACUUUUGAAAAGUCCUCUGACAUAACCGAAAAAGCUACUGUAUCUGAAAACAAUCUUCCCUACUAAUAAGUGACAGAACCCUGAUGACAAACAAGGGUCCAGCUCUACCAUGAAAUCCCGCUCAUUUUGCCUCAGGCUCUUCCUCAUCUGCCUGGCCGCUCUACUGUUCAUUCUGGUGGGACAGGGGAGAAAGGGUGGGUGGGGUCCAAACUCUGACAGACGCCACAACAACAUCACCAUCCUGCUGUGGCACUGGCCCUUUGGCCCCUCCUACAAUUUGGAGGGAGACGUGUGCUGGAACCGGUACCGGAUCCCUGACUGCCGCCUGGUGGACCAGCGCUCUCUCUACCCCAGUGCUGACCUGGUGGUCUUCCACCACAGAGAGCUGAUGAACGGCCAGGAGCGGCUGCCCCUCCACCUUCACCGGCCAAGGCACCAGAAGUGGGUCUGGCUCUCUCUGGAGUCCCCUGACAACAGCAGAUACCUGAAGCCCUUCAAUAACGUGUUCAACUGGACCAUGUCCUACCGCCGCGAUGCCGAUAUCACCAUGCCCUAUGGUAAGCUGCUGCCGAAGGACUGUGAUACUGGUAAUGAUAGCAGCACAGAAGACAUCAUUCCCAAAAAUAAGUCCAUUCUGGCCUGCUGGGUUGUUAGUCACUAUGAGCCUCAGCACAGAAGGAGCUUGGUGUACAAGAGCCUGAAAAGAAGCAUCCCAGUGGAGGUGUAUGGUCGCUUGAGAGGGAGUGUUUUGGCCUCCAUCAACCUGCUGCCCACCAUCUCAAGCUGCUACUUCUACCUGUCCUUCGAGAACUCCAUCUCCAAGGAUUACAUCACUGAGAAGCUCUGGCGGAACGCUUACCAGGCAGGGGCGGUGCCUGUGGUUCUGGGUCCACCUCCAGAUGACUACAUAGCCGUGGCGCCACCCAACUCCUUCAUCCACGUUGAGGACUUUCCAUCCACCAAGGAGCUGGGGAACUAUCUCCGCCAGCUACAACUGGACAAGGAGAGAUAUGCUGGGUACUUUGCGUGGCGGCACAGCUAUCAGGUGAAAGUGUAUACAGACUGGAGGGAGAGGCUGUGUAGCAUCUGCCCCCAGUAUCACAGCCUGCCUGCUCAGAAGGUUUACCAUGACCUGGAAGCCUGGGUAAGGAAGUGAAACCACGCUCAUGGUUCACUUUGGCAGCUCCUCAGACUUUCUGCAUCCUAAAUAGCACCCUUUUCACUAUACAGGUCCUUACAUUUGACCAGGGCUCAUAGGGUCUGGUCAAAAGUAGCGCACUAUACAAGGGGAGUGACAUUUAGGACACCUUUUAAAAAUGUGAAGGUGGUCUUAUCUAGGACCAGCUCUUUUCACAUACAUGGACAUUUCAGCAAUAAACCACCUCCCCACACAACUUAUGUGUGAGAAACGGAAAGUGGUUGAGCAUUUAUGGGUGAUCUGUGUUACACAUGCAGCAUUUACAUACACAAUAGCAUAUUCACCAAUUGUUGUUAUGACACAGGUUGGCAUGGAAAAUAAAAUAUUUAAUUGUGUGGUGCAAAAGUUACAAGUAACAUCUUAUGGUUGCCCCGGAGA